AUGUCCGGACGUGGAAAGGGAGGAAAAGGCCUUGGAAAAGGAGGUGCCAAGCGCCAUCGUAAAGUCCUUCGGGACAACAUCCAAGGAAUCACGAAGCCAGCCAUUCGCCGUCUAGCAAGAAGAGGAGGAGUCAAACGUAUCUCUGGAUUGAUCUACGAAGAAACUCGUGGAGUUCUCAAGGUGUUCCUUGAGAACGUUAUCCGAGACGCCGUCACUUACUGCGAGCACGCCAAGAGGAAGACCGUCACAGCCAUGGACGUUGUCUAUGCUCUGAAGAGACAAGGAAGAACCCUGUACGGAUUCGGAGGAUAA